AUGCCUCCACCAGGGGCCCCCGCCGCCUCCCCCUUGCCCUCGACGCCCUCCCCCUCGCAGCCCGGCUCCUACCCCAUGUCGCGCGUCGCUCCCCCUUACGCACUUGCCGCUAACGCGCCGGGCGGACUGGCAGGUGGCGCGAUGGGGGGAAUGAUGAGUCCCACGGCGAGCGCGCAGCUGCGCUCGUCUGCGCUUGCCAACAACCCUAACGCCUCCGCGCAAGGUGCGCCUUCCCCCUCCGCCAUGCCGCCAAGCAUGGGGAAGGCCGGCGCUUCCCCAAGCUCCUCUGCUUCGCUGCCCGCCCUGCCCUCCUCCCUGCACCUCCCCGCCAACAUGCGCGGCCCCCAGUCCGCCCCCACCAUGUCGUCGCACUUCUCCCCCUCCUCAGCCGCCCCCCAAUACCCCUCACAGGCGCAAUCCGCGUCGCCUGGCGGAGCUUCAUAUUCCCCCUCUGCGCCGCACCUACAGCAGCAAGGCUACAGCGCCAGCCCAGGGGGAGGCGCGCGGGGCGGAAUGCAGCAGGUGGGGGGAAGCGGAGGGCAGGGGGGAACGGAGCAGGCAGAGCAGCAUGGGAGGGGGGUGGUGGGGUCCAGCGGCAUGGGAUAUGGAGCCAGGGGACAGGCAGGCGCACAGCGAGGCAAGGCCACAGGGGCGCCCCCGCAGGCGGAUGCUCACAGACCGCUGCGUGCCCGCCUCCCCAUCUCGUGCAGCCCUACUCUCAUCUCCCUUCCUUUUACGCUCCCCCCUUCACUGUCUCGUCUCGCCUUCUCCCUGUCAGCACGGGCAGCAUGGGCCGGUGGGGGGCAUGUCUCCCUUGUCCCCCACCCAGGGCAAGCAGCAGCAGUUUGCCCCCUCUCCGCAUCACCAGCAGCUGCAGCAGCAGCAGAAACAACAACAACUAAAGCAAUAGCAGCAGCAGCAGCAGCAGCAGCAUCAACAGCAGCAGCAGCAACAGCAGCAACAACAACAUCAGCAGCAGCAGCAACAACAGGCGAAGGCGGCACAGGCGGCACAGCAGGCGCCUGGCAGGGUGAUGCAGCUCACGCCAAUGUGGAGGGCAAGAAGCUUCUGGGAAAGAGGACUUUGCAGGAACUGGCAAAGCAGGUGGAUGCGCGCAUGCAGCUGGACCCCGAGGUGGAGGAGGUGCUGCUCGACCUCGCCGACGACUUCAUCCAAUCCGUGACAGCAUUCGGCUGUCAGCUGGCGCGGCAUCGCAAGUCGCAGGUGUUGGAGGCCAAGGACGUUCUGCUGCACCUCGAGCGCAGCUGGCACAUGCGCAUCCCUGGCUUCACGGGGGACGAUUACCGCGUCUACAAGCGCCCUCCUGUCACAGAGGCACAUCGCCAACGCCUCGCAGCAGUUCGCCGCUCUGCAGCCAUCGCAGCCAACGAGUCACAUGCCUCGCCCGCUGUUGCUGCUGCAGCCCCUGGCUCCACCGGUCCCCAUGGCCACUCUGCUGCUGCUGCAGCACAAGCAGCACAGGCUGGCGGGUUUGAGCAGGGAGCACAUGCGAGCAUGGCGAAGCUAGCAUCUCCCAACUUCAAGGGGCCUGGAGGAGCGUCAGGGCCGUUGAGUCCUGUGGGAGGCACGGUGCAAGCAUUCAAGCAUCAUUGA